AUGAAUUGCAGCGAACUCAGCCAGAGCAUAUACGAUCAUAUUGUGUCGCGUAAGGCCUAUCAGUUGCGCACACGCGGCUGCCAUUUUAGUUGCAUCAGCGACGCGGACCGAGUCGCACUGCAUGUGAGGGUCCUCCAGCGCCACUAUUGUUGUCCUGGGCCAAGCGACUGCAGCGUUGAGAGUACAAGAGCACCAUCAGGUAAUCAAGAGCAAGAGACACGUCAGUGCUCUCCGGAACCUAUCCCUUGCUGCAGUUUCCAGCCUCCUCAAUCAGUUGAUAAUAACAAUGCAGCAGUUUUCUCACCAGAGCUAAUAAGACGACUGCCUAAAGCACCUCCCCGACUAAUUGGACAUACUAAAGCACGUAAAAGAAAGACAGCUGUUCUUACGGACACUCCAGAGAAAAAUGCUUUAGCAAAAGAACAGGCUAGUAAAAAGAAGAAAAAAGAAAGCGAAACUAAAAAGAAGUUUAAGGGAAAAGGGACGGGAAGAUGCAAGGGAAAUGGUAAACAAACAAAAAAGCCGACUAAUAACCGCGCUAAGAGAAGAGUAUUGCAAGAUGACGACAGUUCUGAUGUCGAACAAAAAUGGUUCUGCAUCAUUAAAUUUGUUGUGAUGCCUAUUCUAACUCUGCCCCUGGAGAACAAUGGAUUGAAUGCAGAGAAUGUAAGAAUUGGGCCCAUUUGCAAUGUAUUGAAGAUGAAGAAAACCAAGCAUUUGUAUGUCCUAAUUGUUAUUCUGAUCAAUCUGGAGAGUAUCUAGUUUUGGUUUAGUUUUAGUAUUUUUUUUUCUUUCUUAAAAAGACUCGAGACUGAUUAAAAAGUUAAUAAUUUUGGAACAUAGUAAUGAAAGAGAAAUCUUUACUGUUUAUAGCAGGUAGUUGACUAGUCUUUAUAGACUGAUAUUUUUAAUAAUUGAUCUCAUUUGCAUAAAAAUAAGUACAAACUAUUGAUUAAAAAUACGUUUUUAUGUUUGACUAAUUACAUAAGAAGGUUCCUUGUUUUUUUUUUUAUUAUAAUACUUAGUAUUAUACAAUUAAA